CACAUCAGCCGCGGCGGCCUCGGAGGAAGAGGGGUCGCCACCCGGUGUUGUUGUGACCGCCUCUCGCUCGUCGCCGCAGUAUUUCCUGUUCGGAUUAUCUUUUGCUUCCCCCAGCUGCCUCCUCCUCCUCCUCCUCCGCUCACCCACUCCUCCGGGUCCUGGGUCGCUGCUGCCCUCGGCUUUGGCCCGUCACCCCAGCCCGGGGACCCCUGGUGCCUCCGCUCCUGGGCUGCGGGGGAGCCCAGCAGAGACCAUGAGGAAAUUCAAGAAGGUGCUGGACGGCCUGACCGCCGGCUCCUCCUCGGCCUCGCAGCAGCAGCAACAGCAGCAGCACCCGCCAGGGAACCGGGAGCCUGAGAUCCAGGAAACGCUCCAGUCCGAGCACUUUCAGCUCUGUAAGACUGUUCGCCAUGGAUUUCCCUAUCAACCUUCAGCCCUGGCCUUUGAUCCUGUACAGAAGAUCCUGGCAGUGGGAACUCAGACUGGUGCUUUAAGGCUCUUUGGUCGUCCGGGAGUAGAAUGUUAUUGCCAACAUGACAGUGGAGCUGCUGUAAUUCAGCUCCAGUUCCUGAUUAAUGAGGGAGCUCUUGUGAGUGUCUUGGCUGAUGACACCUUACACUUAUGGAAUUUACGUCAGAAAAGGCCUGCCAUACUACAUUCACUUAAAUUUUGUCGGGAAAGGGUUACAUUUUGCCAUCUGCCUUUCCAGAGUAAGUGGCUCUAUGUGGGUACUGAACGAGGUAAUAUACAUAUUGUCAAUGUGGAGUCCUUCACACUCUCAGGCUACGUCAUUAUGUGGAAUAAAGCCAUUGAACUAUCAUCUAAAUCUCACCCAGGGCCUGUUGUCCAUAUAAGUGAUAAUCCAAUGGAUGAGGGAAAGCUUUUGAUUGGCUUUGAAUCUGGAACAGUAGUCUUAUGGGACCUCAAAUCAAAGAAAGCUGACUAUAGAUACACAUAUGAUGAGGCUAUUCACUCUGUUGCUUGGCAUCAUGAAGGAAAACAAUUUAUUUGCAGUCAUUCAGAUGGUACCUUGACCAUCUGGAAUGUGAGGUCCCCUGCUAAGCCUGUACAGACAAUCACACCACAUGGAAAACAGUUAAAGGAUGGGAAGAAACCAGAACCAUGCAAACCUAUCCUCAAGGUGGAGUUCAAAACGACGAGAUCUGGGGAGCCUUUUAUUAUUUUAUCAGGAGGUUUGUCAUAUGAUACUGUAGGAAGAAGACCUUGCUUAACAGUAAUGCAUGGGAAAAGUACUGCUGUGCUGGAGAUGGACUAUCCAAUUGUUGACUUCCUGACACUCUGUGAAACACCAUACCCAAAUGAUUUUCAAGAACCGUAUGCUGUUGUUGUUCUUCUAGAAAAGGAUUUAGUACUUAUAGACCUUGCACAAAACGGAUAUCCUAUAUUUGAAAAUCCCUACCCUUUGAGUAUACAUGAGUCUCCUGUUACAUGUUGUGAAUACUUUGCUGAUUGUCCUGUGGACCUUAUUCCUGCACUUUAUUCUGUUGGAGCUAGACAGAAACGUCAAGGUUACAGCAAAAAGGAAUGGCCCAUCAAUGGAGGUAAUUGGGGAUUGGGUGCUCAGAGUUACCCAGAAAUAAUUAUUACAGGGCAUGCUGAUGGGUCAGUUAAGUUCUGGGAUGCUUCUGCAAUAACUCUACAAGUAUUAUAUAAACUAAAAACAUCUAAAGUAUUUGAAAAGUCAAGAAAUAAAGAUGACAGACCAAAUACAGACAUUGUAGAUGAAGAUCCAUAUGCCAUUCAGAUCAUCUCCUGGUGCCCAGAAAGUAGAAUGCUGUGCAUAGCUGGAGUUUCAGCUCAUGUCAUUAUUUAUAGAUUCAGCAAACAGGAAGUGAUUACAGAAGUUAUUCCGAUGCUUGAAGUUCGGUUGUUAUAUGAGAUAAAUGAUGUGGAAUCUCCAGAAAGUGAGCAGCCACCACCUUUGUCAACACCUGUAGGAGGUUCCAAUCCUCAGCCCAUUCCUCCACAGUCUCAUCCAUCUACCAGCAGCAGUUCAUCUGAUGGACUUCGUGAUAAUGUACCUUGUUUAAAAGUUAAAAACUCACCACUUAAACAGUCACCAGGUUAUCAGACAGAACUAGUUAUUCAGUUGGUAUGGGUGGGUGGAGAACCACCACAACAAAUAACCAGCCUGGCAGUCAAUUCUUCCUAUGGACUGGUGGUUUUUGGCAACUGUAAUGGCAUUGCUAUGAUUGACUACCUCCAGAAAGCAGUACUGCUCAAUCUGGGCACCAUAGAAUUAUAUGGCUCUAAUGAUCCUUAUCGGAGAGAACCUCGAUCUCCUCGUAAAUCUCGACAACCUUCAGGAGCAGGUCUAUGUGAUAUUAAUGAAGGGAUUGUAGUCCCAGAGGAUCGCUGCAAAUCUCCAACUUCUGGUUCUUCAUCACCACACAAUUCAGAUGAAGAACAAAAAAUGAAUAAUUUUAUAGAAAAGGUGAAGACCAAAAGCAGAAAGUUUUCCAAGAUGGUAGCCAGUGAUAUAGCAAAGAUGUCAAGGAAGUUAAGCUUACCUACUGACCUGAAACCUGAUUUAGAUGUAAAAGAUAAUUCCUUCAGCAGAUCACGGAGUUCAAGUGUCACAAGCAUAGACAAAGAAUCCCGAGAAGCAAUCUCUGCUCUUCAUUUCUGUGAAACUUUUACUCGAAAGGCGGACUCGUCCCCUUCCCCAAGUCUGUGGGUUGGAACAACACUAGGAACAGUGCUUGUCAUUGCACUGAACCUUCCCCCAGGAGCAGAGCAAAGACUUCUUCAGCCCGUGAUUGUUUCUCCAAGUGGUACUAUAUUGAGACUUAAAGGUGCAGUCCUGCGAAUGGCAUUUCUGGAUACCACAGGCUGCUUAUUGCCACCUGCAUAUGAACCCUGGAAAGAACAUAAUGUUCCUGAAGAAAAGGAUGAAAAAGAAAAAUUGAAAAAACGGCGACCUGUCUCAGUAUCUCCCUCCUCUUCUCAGGAAAUUAGUGAAAACCAAUAUGCAGUGAUAUGUUCUGAAAAGCAAGCAAAAGUAAUCUCACUGCCAACCCAGAACUGUGCUUAUAAGCAAAACAUUACAGAAACCUCCUUUGUGCUUCGUGGAGAUAUUGUAGCAUUGAAUAACAGCAUCUGCCUUGCAUGUUUCUGUGCUAAUGGCCAUAUUAUGACUUUCAGUUUGCCAAGUUUAAGGCCUCUGUUGGAUGUGUAUUACUUGCCUCUCACCAAUAUGCGGAUAGCCAGAACAUUUUGCUUCACCAACAAUGGACAAGCAUUAUAUCUUGUUUCACCUACAGAAAUUCAGAGACUUACAUAUAGUCAAGAGACCUGUGAAAAUCUUCAGGAGAUGUUGGGUGAACUCUUCACUCCUGUAGAAACACCUGAAGCACCAAACAGGGGAUUCUUUAAAGGCUUGUUUGGAGGUGGUGCACAGUCCCUUGAUAGAGAAGAACUAUUUGGAGAGUCAUCCUCAGGAAAAGCUUCACGGAGUCUUGCACAGCAUAUCCCUGGCCCUGGUGGCAUUGAAGGUGUGAAAGGGGCAGCCUCUGGAGUUGUUGGUGAAUUGGCACGAGCCAGGUUGGCACUGGAUGAAAGAGGGCAGAAGCUUGGUGACUUAGAAGAAAGAACAGCAGCUAUGUUAUCAAGUGCAGAUUCAUUUUCUAAACAUGCUCAUGAGAUGAUGUUGAAAUACAAAGAUAAAAAGUGGUACCAGUUCUGACACCCAGAAUCCAAUUAAGUCCAACUUCAGCCAGAAGGAAAAAAAUUUCCUUUUUUAUUUCACUGAUUUAAGAAAGUUAACAUUCAACGGAUGUUCAUCGCUGAAUACUUUCUAGCACAAUCAUGCACUGUUUUACCUCAGUCAAUUGGCAUUAACUGAGGGGCGUUCACACACACACUCAAAAUGGAAUAUAUGGUGUGUGCAGGCUGUGAGUUUACAAUUUGGAUACUAACCAGGUCACGUGUGACAGAUGAAGAAACAAAAGGGGAAGCUGAGGAGACAUGGCAGGGACUAUUCCUUGGAUCAUUCCUGUAUUAAACUUUUAUAUGCCAAAAGAUUUCAUGCUGUUGUGUCUGCCAUCAGUGUUUGACCUGUUUUGGGGAGAGGCAAUAAGUCCAAAGUUCUGAAGCUGAAGUAGUUUGUGUCAUCGGACUGGAUUAUAAACAGUUGUAUUGGACUUUCCCUCCCUUAAAUUGACUGGUCAUCAGUAUCAUUAGUGAAAAAGAAACAAAACUAUUUCCCUUUCUUUAGACUAAGCUGAAUGGUGGGCUUUAAAUAAUAAAAUCAUACACAUAGUUGACUUGUG